CCUUGCACUGACUCCAUGGAGGGUAUAUCAUCUGAUUUCUGUCAUGAUACUUGGACGAGUUAUUAUGCAAAUAAUAAAGGAUAUGGUGCUGUCUAGAACGAGAGGUGCACAGUUGUGGAGAAGCCUCAGUGAAAGCUGGGAAGUUAUCAAUGCCAAACCAGAUGAAAGACCCAGACUCAGCCACUGUAUUGCAGAAUCAUGGAUGAAUUUCAGCCUAUUUCUUCAAGAAAUGUCUCUUUUUAAACAGCAGAGCCCUGGCAAGUUUUGUCUCCUGGUAUGCAGUGUGUGUACUUUUUUUACAAUCUUGGGAAGUUAUAUUCCUGGGGUUAUACUCAGCUAUCUAUUGUUACUGUUUGCAUUUUUGUGUCCACUGUUCAAAUGUAAUGACAUUGGACAAAAAAUAUACAGCAAAAUCAAGUCAGUUCUGUUGAAACUAGACUUUGGAAUUGGAGAAUAUAUUAAUCAGAAGAAACGUGAAAGAUCUGAAGCAGAUAAAGAUAAAAGUCACAAAGAUGAUAGUGAACUUGAUUUUUCAGCUCUUUGUCCUAAGAUUAGCCUCACAGUUGCUGCCAAAGAGUUAUCUGUGUCUGACACAGAUGUCUCAGAAGUGUCCUGGACUGAAAAUGGGACCUUCAACCUUUCCGGGGGAUACACUCCGCAGACAGACACUUCUGAUGAUCUUGAUCGGCCUGGUGAAGAAGUUUUCUCCCGAGAUCUCUCUGAUUUUCCAUCCCUAGAAAAUGGCAUGGGAACAAAUGAUGAAGACGAGUUAAGCCUCAGCUUGCCUGCUGAACUCCAGAGAAAAAAGGAACAGUUGGAUGGUGGUCACAGAGCAUGUCAAGAGAGGCCAUCAGCAGCUGGCCUCAGCCUCCCUCUGAACAGUGACCAAGCCUAUCGCUUGAUGGGUGACCUGGCUGGGGAAGUCAUCACAGCCGCAGUGUCUGCUGCUAUCAAAGACCAAUUAGAAGGCACCCAGCAGGCACUGGCUCACGCUGCCUUCAGCCCAGGAGAGGACACAGACACUGAAGAAGGUGAUGACUUCGAACUGCUUGACCAGGAAGAGCUGGAUCAAAUUGAGAGUGAACUGGGACUUGCACGAGAGCAGGAGGCAGAGGCGCAGCAAAGUAAGAAGUCUUCAGGCUUCCUUUCAAAUCUUCUGGGAGGUCAUUAAACCAGGAAUUAGCUUACAACAGAAUACAGACGAAUCACCAAACAUCUCAGACAAGCAAAAAAGGAAAAGGAAAAAAAAAAGGGAAAAAAAGGAAAAAAUACAAACUGUAAGCUUUUAAUGAUUAGAUUUUUUUUUGUUUUCCCUUCUGCAGUGAAUUGGAUAUAUAUCAACUGAUACUGGUAGACUGGUUAUUUCUGAUAGUUAUUUUUAUGUAAUAAGCAUGGAAAUGAACUUUAUAUAUGCAUAUAUACAUUCUGUGGUGUCAGAGAUGAAUACAUGGGGUUGUUUGUAAAGAAAAUUGAAACAAACAAAAACCCACCAGAUUACUAAGAUCCUUCUGUAGGCAUUAUUUUUUCUUUAUAAUUAAUUUUCAAGCAUGUAAAAAUUUAUUGUAACUAAGUGAAAAAUAUUGUGAAGACAUGCUCUAUCAAUGACCCUUCUUCCUAAAACUUGGCAACAGUUUUAAGACUUUGAUGUUAAAAAAAGCUCAAUUAUCAAAGUGUCUUUAGUUGAAGGUGUUGGGAAAUAAUCACAAUUAAUUUCCUAGGAAAAAAUUAAAAAAUAUAAGUAUUCUGGAUAGGCAGAAACAUUUCCAUGUUAUUUCUGUGGUUAUAGACAGGUACACUUAUAAAGUGGCAUGCUCCAUUGACAGCCACCUCUAGUCCAGCAAUGGUGGUGUUAAGUAUGUAUCACAUAGAGGGUGGUUAUGAUGUAACAAAUUUGGUUGUUCAAUAGCUCAUUUCUGUCAUAUGUUUGCAACAGGGGUGUUGCGGGUACAGAUCCCUUGUGUCCAUUCAGACUUGUUAUACUUUCAUUUUUUACAUUGUGUCAUGGAAAAAGUCUCCUAAAAUUGUGAAAGUAGUUAUUGAUAUGUCUCCUGUGAGUGAUGUGGUUAUCAGCAAUAAAGAAAUAAGAACUCUGUUCUCUUAGUCUGCAUAGAUAAAAGAGAGGAACUUGCUUGGCUUUAGAGUGUAUUUAUUUGCCAUUGAAGUAUAUAUACUGUUUCUUAUUGGGAAGGUAGAAUAUAUUUUUUUCCUUUAAACAUUUUUUCAAAAUCACUUUUAAAUAAUCAAAGCUGAAAUCAAGGUAGUUUUGUUUUGUAUUUAUAAUUAAAAUUUUAAGUAGUGUUGAGAGACCAUUUCAGCAACUAUCCCAAAUCUCUUAAAUCUUCAUUUGUAGCUGGCAUUUGUCAGAUAAACAUAGACAUGAAACCAUAAGAUAGGCAUGUAGGAAAUCUGUGUUCACAUCUUUUGGUUUAUCCCUUUCUUCUAUGUCUAAGAUAAUCUGACAUUUUAAUGUAACAUCUCUUAUUUACUUUUUCUUUCGAGGUAUUAAAUAUCUAGACUGAAUUUUGCCAAGUGUUAACAGGAGGAAAGUUACUGUAGACUGAACACAAAGGUUUCUGUGACUGAUAGAAUAUGUCAUUAGUGCCUCAUGACUGUGUGAUAUCCUUCAUUGACACAAAGUGAGCCUAUGCCUUCAUUUUCGUGCCCAUUUUGGUACAAAUGUAAACUCCUGUUAGGAAAUCUUGGAACUGUGUGGGGUUUGGAAGAAUAUAUGUGAGUUCUAUUCAACAAGUUUCUGGACAUGAAGAAAAAUACAGUUACAUAUUCACAAAAUAGCUGUUACCAGUAUUCUUUUUUAUAUGUAUGCAUUUUCAUUUAUAAAAUACUCUUGGACAUGAAGUAAAAAAAGUUUAAAGG